CGAUAACCUCGCUCGGCUGCCUCCACGACCUCGUAUCCCCAAUUUCGCGAAAAGCAUAAAUACAACCCUAAUCCCGAGGUAUUAGAGACAGCAUCCGAGAGCGCCCCAGAUCCUCCACAAUGGCUCCAGCCCUGCGGAAACGCGCCGCUCGCCCAACAGCUGCAUCCCGCCGCAGAACCCAGUCAACAAAAGGCAAAGGCAACGCCGUUAAACCCCCAGCAAAGCGCUCUUCUAAACCCCGAACUUCCAAGGCAAAGGCAUCUUCCGCAAAAUCUCCCUUUAUCCACCCACCCAACAACCCCCAAGCAACUCUCCUCGGCCUCCCAACUGAACUCCGCCUCCAAAUCUACGCCUACCUCCUCGAAUCCGACACCAUCAUCCACGUGCACCGAAAGUCGCUCCCGGGCCGCAACCGCUCAAUCUUCACCUGGACGCCAUGCAAAGGCGCCUCAGCCACCUCGCCACUCCUGUGCGCGAAUCCAAAAUGGUCCGGGCUCUGCGCCGAAGAAGACCGCUGCACGUACAAGAAAUACGCUCCGCCGGCGCCGCGCGGCUUCGCGGCGCUCACGGCGAGCUGCAAGUUCCUGCGCAGCGAGACGCAGGGGUACUGGAUGCGGAACACGGUGGUGUCGAUUGCGCCGCUGGCGCUGCGGCUGUGGCUGCUCUAUCUGGAGAAGCAUGCGCGGCACCAGCUGCGGAAUUUAAGGCGGGUUACGCUCGCGGGGCCGGACCAGUAUAAUACUUUUAAGGCGCAGCAUGUUCGCGAGCUGUGGAGGCGGGUGCCGAACCUCGAGGCUGUCGCUUUUCAGGGACAGACGCAUCCUUUUCCUUGGAUCCGGCAAGUGUCUGAGGUUUAUAAUGUCGAUAUGCGGAGUCGCUGGCACCAAUGGAGCGCCCUCGCGCCGUUCCGGGUCUUUCCCCGCAGUGUUACGGUGGUCGUUGAGGGGCUGAUCUACCUUAAGCGGAGGACUUCGAAGACGACGAAGGGGAAGCCGCUGAAGGAACAGCAGCUUGUAGUGCGCGUUAUCCGGGAGGGGAAGGAGCCGGACGAGAAUGGUAUGUUUGAGGGAGAGGGAGAUGGCUGGGGGGAUGAAGAUGUGCAGUUGGAACUGGUGCAGCCUGGAGGGCUAGUGGAGAAGGCAAGUGAUGCACUGUGGAGAGAGUGGUGGAAGGACGAGUUCUUCGAACCGUUUUAUACUAUCUGGUGAGCAGACCGGCUCACUUUACUUUCCAUAUACCCACUAUGUCCAUAUCGAACCCUAUAUCACCCAUCCUGGAUAUCUUCAGGUCCUUUUCCGAACGCCAAUCAUGAUGCAUAUCCCGCCGAAGAUCUAGACAGCAGCGCCUCCAGCACUGCCAUUCCGAUCGCCACCUGAAAGACUUCAGCCUCAGCUAUACAGACACCGAACGGACUCACAUACCUC